GCAAGACAAGUCAGAGUUACUCAUCCAUGAAGGCUUCUAACCUCUAGUAGUCACAAUAUUGCUGAGCUUUACGGUGUUAAAAACGCUUUCUGUGUAGUACGUUGAUUAAAUAAAUUUGUUUAUCAAUAAAUUACUGAUUGUCUACGAGCUGGGGCUGGGGUGGCAAUAGUUAUAAGAACAGUGGCCACUUAAACUUAGAAACACACUAAUCCAUUAGUGUCAGACACUCAGACGUCAGGAGAACAAUAUUGAAGCGUUCCGAAAUAAGUUCGGAUCAGUCAAGAACGUGUAUACGUAUACUACCUUAUCACACUUUAAAGUACAAAUUUAUAGUUGAGGUCAGUUAUGUGUUCAUGCAGUUACUGUAACCUGAACUUGCGGUAGUUGACAACGAUUAUACAAACACUUGUUUAGAAGUAAUCCAACAAGUUAUGAAAUUUGAUUACAAAGAAUUAUUUAAGGUUUAUUUUGAGCCUGCAGAUAUGGAAGGUCGUCUGUGUCACAAGAGAGCACAUAAAUCAGGAUUCAAAGAGAGAUGGUUCAAACUAAGAUACAAUUUUUUAUUUUAUCAAGACAAUUAUCAGACAGGGAAAGUUGAUAAAACAAAUCCCACUGGUGUGAUUUUAUUAGAAAAUUAUAAUGUAAAUGUCAGUAUGCUGCACGAUAAUUCUUUUGCUUUUAAAAUAACUUUUAGAAAUGAACCCCAAAAACAUCACAUAUUAAGUGCACGAUCAAAGUUACAGAUAGAACAAUGGAUAAAAUUCAUCAAACAAGCUAGUUAUGGAUACUGGCGAUUACAGCUUACAACAUUACAACAAACUUUGUUUGAAAAAACUGGAGAAGAUCCUUUAUUAAUGUACCCAAGAAAUAAAGGUAUCAUAAGGGAUGAAGCAUGGCAGGAUAAAUCGAGUUUUAAGUCACAUAUAAAGUCUUUUGCUUUUGUAGCACCUUUGUCUACAAUAGAAGCGUCUACAACUGAAAUUGAUUUAAUCAAUUUUACGUAACAAAAAGUUUUUUCUUUAUCUUUUUAUUGAAAGUUUUACUUUCAAAUACAGUCAAUAAUUGUUGUUGCAAAAAACUUUCAAUCUCUAACCACACAGAAAAAUAAUAAAUAAAAACGAACCACUGUAAUGUAUGCAAAAAAAAAUCAUUCGAGAUUGGAAAAAUAUCAAAUCUCUUAAUUAUAUCAACAUAUAGCAUAAAGUAAGCUCUUAUUUAAAUUAACA